AUGCUUAAGGCGCAGGCGCUGCUGGAGUUAGAGAUCAAGAACAUCGGCGCAAAGAAGUUCAUGGCAUCGCGCGAUUUCGAGCAGGAGCUCAUGACAAUGUUCCAGGCGCAGGGCUGGCAGGAUGCUGAAGGCGGCGACGGUGCACCAGUGGCCGCCCUCGACGGGGACGACGCCGUGCUGUGGGACCUCCUGGACGAGGCUCGGAAGACGGGCUUCAAGUUCAAGAAGCGGACGGCGCUCGGCAGUCGGUUCGAGCGGUGGAUGAAGAAGCACUGGACCGAGCAGCAGGUGCUCGCGUACGACAACGGCUCCAACUCCUACAAGGAGAAGGAGCGGCAGGACUGGGCGUUGGCGCGGUUCCAGUACCUCGAGAAGACCAGGAAGCUGAUCGAGGAGCGCGUGGAGUCCGAUCAGAUCAUCGGUACGCCCAUGAACCUCGACGCCUUGAUUCAAGCGGAGGGCGGGUUCGACCGACCGAGUGCGGUGCAGGGGGCGCUUAACAUAGCGCGGAACAUGAUUCGCAAAGGACCGCCAUACGUCUCGAUAAACCCCGAUUCAGGCCGUCUUGAAUUUACCAGGAGGACGAAGCGGAGCAUAUUGGACACGAGGAAGAGUUACCAGAACAUCACCGAGGAGCACAACGGCAAAAAGCAGCGCACAGGAGCAGCAUCUUCUGGACUGCCUCGAGAUCGAGACGAUCCCGCCACGCACGCCGAGGCAACGCCGCAGACUCAGGGUUUGCGCACUGCCACGGAGACGCCGCUCAAGACCGAGAAGAGCACGGGGAACACUGGCAACGACAAGCCCUCGACCCCGAGGGUCGGAAAACCUGCAGGGAAGGAGAAGAAGGACAAGACGAGCACGAAGGACAAGAAGGAGAAGGAGUCUGGCAAGGGCAAGAAGACACCCAAGUCCGACAAGGUCCCCGAGGGGAAGGCGUUCACCAAGGCGAUUCAGGACGUGCUCAACACUUACUCCACCACUACCCAGAGCGCCAGGUCAAUCAUCGACAAAGCUACUUCCGAUGAGGAGUGGGCGUCCAUUCGGUCCUUCUUGCCGCGUGUGCAGACGCGGCUCAGCAAGGUCAUGGACAUCUACAACGCCGAGGACCCGUUCAGCAACAUGAUCCUGAACGGUAUUGACGACGAGUCCUACCCUGCAGAUGAGCGCUACAAGUCGUCAAUGAAGAUCCUCGCGGAGCUCGGGAAGCUCCAGGAUGCGCUCGUGUGGCUGCGCCAGAUGAAGGACCUGUCGAACCGCGGCGACAGCUCGGAGUGA